AUGACCUCCAAGUCCAACGUUUCGAUGACUGCCGACCACGGCUGCAUCGUCGAUAAGCGGUGCUUCAAGCGCUCGUUCACUGUCGAUGAACAGGCCAAGCUCCGCGAUGAUAGAAUCAACAUCAUGUUGAAAAACAUCGACGACCCCAGUGUGGUUGUGAUUCAGGCCAAGCAGUCGUACAUGCCAAACCCUCGAUCCGGCCCAGGAAAUGGCGGGGCAGGACAAAAGUCGACCCUCUCGACUGCAGUCAGGGCCUAG